CCAGGAAGACGUGUUAACGACGCUAUCGACCCGCUUCCCCUUUUAGUGGGAAAAAGUGCCCCCCUUUCGAACUUCCAAAGAAUUGUUCUCUUUGCCGAUCGAUCACCGUUACCAAUUCAACCGAGGACGAGUCCCUGUUUUUAAUAAACGCCUGACUGUUGUUGUUGUCUCUGUCGACCCGACGUCCAUCUGUCCUUUCCUGCUUGGGAUUGAGAUACAUCAUAUUAUCUACAACCAGAUCUGUGUCCCUCCUUGCAUUUCUCCCAGAUCUAUAAAUUCUUCGACGGUGCUGCACAUAACCCUCCCGGAAAGAGUCAGCGCAUUAGAUCCACGCGAUUAUGGAUGAGUCUAUCGAGUCCGAGUCCGUUGCCCCUCCUGUCCGAGCCUCUUCGCCCUCACCAUCCAUCGUACCGACGCCCGCGAUUUCCUCGUGUCCUUCCCCGUCAGACCGCACCGUCUCAACCGUGUCGACCCUUUCAUCUCGAUCAGUCUCGUCCGCCACAUCUGCCGAUGCCAGAUCCUCCGUGUCCACCGUCUCGUCGAGAAGACGAGGGUAUAUCCGACCCCAGGGGGUCGAGUUUGCUGAAUCGGCCAGACACCGUGAGAGUGUGAUGAGCUUGGGCAGUAUAGCGCAUCUGCAGUAUUAUUUUGCCCGCACAGGCUUGUUGGAAGGGAAGGGCGGCCAGGCUCGGGAGUGGAAGAAGAAGCAAAAGCCGGAAGACAUACCGAGAUUACUCCUCACCCCAAAUGCUCGCUUCAUCGAGGAUAUGACUGAAAGCCCGACGGACGAGAGCUCGGAACCCGCCGACGAAGAGUACGAUGAGCAGGAGGUGAUGCUGCCUCCGACUGUGAGCACCUAUAGCGUGAAAACUUUCCACCUCCCGCCGCCGCCAGAUCUCGUAGCCCUGCGAAAGGAUCUCCGGGAUGCGCUCGACGAGGCCGAAAAGAUCAUGGAGACGGUUGGAUCCGAGAAGGAGCCGCCACGAAACAUGAAGCCUCCACGUAUCAACGUAGACGAACUUCCUGACACUGGCGACCCGACGAGCAAGAUGUUAGCAGGAGCCACCCCAUUGGGUUGGCACGAGAUCCAGGGCAUGCGUAUUCUGGAUGUUGUGACUCUUGCGAUUCGGGCUGCUAGGAUUUAUUACACCGCCCACGAACGGCCAGAGCGUCUAGCCUCGAUCAAAAGUGAGCGGGAAAUACGCCAGGAACUGUUUGACAUGCUGGAAGUCCUGAAACGAUGGGCCUCCCGUAAUUUUACCGGUGGACUCCGGGACGACGAGCGCUCGUCCAUCAUGGAUUGGAUGGCGAACGUGCGCAGCAUGCUGGCGCAAGAAGUUCAUAUGGAGGAGGUGGAAGCCCAGGAACGACAAGGAUGGGCUUGGGCACGUGGAGACUGGAGUGGUAAAGAGAGGGCGCGCGAGGAAGCCUUCCUGCGUAGUUUGCUGGAGACGGAUGCAUUGCCAACAUGGACAGCCCCCGAAGGUCAGGUCCUACCAACUCCGAUGCUCGAGUGGUUCCGAGACGGGCGCGGCCUGGUUCAAAUCCAUAACCAGGCCGUAAAGAAAUCCAAGAGACCCUUCUGCGAAAUCAAAUCUUUCCAUGAGGACGUCGCCAAACCGUACCGACGGGCGGACAACAUUCGGUAUUGGACUAAGGCUGCGGAAAUCCGGUGGGAAACGAAGUUAGAAAUGGAUGUGAUGGGGGUGGUCUACGGGAAUAGUGAUGAGGCUUGGAGGAAGUUUGACACAGCCCUCCUUACUUGGUGCAAGGCAGUUCGCGAAGAGCUGAUGCGAGAUUGGCGGGGGGCUGAUUCAGGGAAGGCCGAUGCAGUGCCUCCUCAUGACGGGGUGGGCGUCGACCCUGCGUGAAGGACGCGAUCGGUAUGAAGGAGAGUUUUGGUGCCUGAUGGCUGGGACCACGUACUGUAGUAUUCUGGGCUCCCUAUUACGUUUGUUUGCUGUCCACUUUGAUACCCCUUACUUGCUGGAGACUUGCUUGCUAUGUGGGAGUUUUUUUUUUUUU